CAAGAGCCGAAGGGAGCUUAUUAAAGCGGGUGUAGGAGGAGUUCGCGCCUGCGCCAAGAAGCUCUGGUGGCGCAUUUUUCCCCCAUCAGGCGAAGGUGGCGAUUGAGCCAGAAGGGGGUGGGGCUUUGUGCUGGAUUGAGACCGACCAAGGGCCGUUUAGAGUCGUGGGGGGGCGAACUUGUUUGGGGCUUGAAGAAGGAAGGCGACGAGCCUGCUUGUCGUAUGAAUACGACGAAGAUUUCCUUCCAGGUGUGUGGGAGAAAAAGGGAAGGUUCUUGUGCUGGAGGGUGGCUGCUGUUCUCUAAGACUGAACCAUAACUCUUCAGAAUCUUUUUAAAAAUGGAACAUGUGGGAGAGACAUCUCAAAGAAUUUUGCUGGAGCCAUACAACUACCUGCUUGAACUACCAGCUGGAGAGGCUGUGACUGUCCUGAAUAAGUGUCUGGAGGCAGUUUUGAAUUGGGUAAGCAAGUCCGAACCAAACUCUCACAAGCUUUUAAUCACUGGCUGAAUGUUCCUGAUGAUAAACUACAGGUAGUCCUUCAGAAAGGUAUCCACAGAGGUACUCACCAGAGGCAAGUGCCCCAUGAGAUCUAGUGAGAGAGAUCCUCAGAGGCAACUGUUCUGCCCCAGCUCUCACUUUCAUUGCAUUUUAAAGGAGGUUAUCAUUGAAGUAACAGAAAUGUUGCACAAUGCCAGUUUACUUAUAGAUGACAUUGAAGAUAAUUCAAAGCUACGACGAGGAUUUCCAGUGGCCCACAGCAUCUAUGGAAUACCAUCUGUAAUAAAUUGUGCAAACUUUGUAUAUUUCCUUGGCUUGGAGAAGGUUUUAACACUUGAUCAUCCGGAUGCUGUAAAAGUGUUCACCCGCCAACUGCUGGAACUCCAUAAGGGCCAAGGCUUGGAUAUUUACUGGAGAGAUACUUACACCUGUCCCACUGAAGCAGAAUAUAAAGCCAUGGUUCUGCAAAAGACAGGUGGCCUUUUUGGACUAGCUGUUGGCCUCAUGCAGUUGUUCUCUAAUUAUAAAAAAGAUUUAAAACCACUCCUUAACACCCUUGGGCUCUUUUUCCAAAUUAGAGAUGACUAUGCAAACUUGCACUCCAAAGAAUAUAGUGAGAACAAAAGUUUUUGUGAAGACCUAACUGAAGGAAAGUUCUCAUUUCCAACUAUCCAUGCUAUAUGGUCCAGACCAGAGAGCACACAGGUGCAGAAUAUUCUGCGACAGAGGACAGAAAAUGUGGACAUAAAAAAAUAUUGUGUACAUUACCUUGAGAAUGUAGGUUCAUUUGAAUAUACUCAGAAAACACUAAAAGAACUUGAGUCUGAGGCUUAUAAACAAAUUGAAUCACUUGGAGGGAACCCUGAGCUUGUUGCAUUGGUUGAAUAUUUAAGCAAAAUGUUCAGGGACAAUGAAAAUUAAUUGCCAAUCAUUGUUUGGAAACUUUCAACAAUCAAGAAAACUCAAAUUUCCCAACUGUUGCUGUACAGGAGCUGCACUUAACCAUAUUAUAAGGGGUAAUUGGGUCUUUUUAUAUGUUCAAAAUAGACUAUUUUCACCUGCUUAUACAAUAUUGCAUAGUGCUACAACCUUCCAUUAAAAUAAAGCUACCAAAACUUA